UCGAUCCUGACUGCGGUGUAAUAAACUCGACCGGAGGACGUUGUGAGGACCGACAUCAUGACUGUGAUUCAGAACAACUUGACGGAGAAGAACAAACAAUAUGCGUCGACCUUCACCAAAGGUGACCUUGCAUUGCCACCAGCGAAGAAGUAUGCCGUUGUAACUUGCAUGGAUGCUCGAAUCGACCCUGCUGCUGCAUAUGGAAUCGAUUUGGGUGAUGCGCACGUUAUCAGAAAUGCUGGAGGAAACGCGAAAGAUGCUCUUCGUAGCUUGAUCAUUUCGGAGCAAUUGCUUGGAACCAAGGAGAUCCUUCUUAUCAAGCACACUGGAUGUGGCAUGCUGACAUUCAAAAACGAGGAUGCGCAUACUGUGGUCCAGAAACAGCUCGGUGAUGCAGCAGUCAAAGAGCUAGGAGGACUAGACUUCCAACCCUUCCCAGACUUAGAGCAAGGCGUCAGGGAUGACGUGGCUUUCUUAAAUAACUCAGCUGCCAUUCCAGACGAUGUAGCCGUCAGUGGAUGGGUGUAUGAGGUUGAGACUGGUAAAGUCAGGGCAGUCAAUUGAGCAUAAGCCGGGAUAAGUUCAUCGGUAAUUGAAAGAGACUACAGCUGUAGCGUAUGUAGGCAAUAAGCUAUAGUCGAAGUGGUAUUCAGAGG